UCCACCGUUCAACAAGGCACCAUCUUCGAGAAUCGUUCGCUUGCUCUGGCUGAAGAGCACUUAUCCAUGAGUCUCAAACGCGUUGGAGGGAGCAACGACGGAGGGAUCGACCUUCUCGGCUGGUGGUGGCUACCGUCGACGUCCGACGGAUCCGCUCAAUCUCGUGCGUUGUCCGAACGGAAGCGAUACCGCAUCGUCGCGCAAUGCAAAGAUGAAAAGAUAAAGAUGGGGCCCAAAUAUCUCCGCGAGCUCGAGGGAGUGCUCUACCGCUACCUCGCCGUCUCGCGAAAGGGCCAAGCGCAAGUGCCAUCUCCAGACGUGCUGACGGUCGAUGAAGACGAGGCAAAAUCAUUCAGCAACUCGUGGACGUUCGCGUCAGACCCAGUCGUCGGAGUACUCAUCUCGUCCUCGCCGUUCACGAAGGCCACUUUGCUCCGAGCAAAUUCGUCGCCGCUUCCACUGGUGCUCUUGCACAUUCCGCGUGAGUUCUCCUAUGAUCCUGCCCCGCAGGAGCUCGCAUCCUCAGACGAAGAGACUGAACCCCGCGGAGAGGAAGGUCAGGAUGCAAACGAAGGUGAAAAUGCGGCCACGCCAGGAUCGGAGGACCCUCAGGGUACACUUGGUGCGCUCGUGUUCAACCCAGCGCUUGCGAGCAGCUCGGGCCUCCUCCGCGGCCAGAUCCAACCCCGCUGGGAACACCCGUUGAACCCAUCAGCUAUGCAUAGUUCCCGCCCGGGUCUGUGGUUCAAUGGACAGCGAGUGCUCAAGUGGACGCCG